UAGCGUUCACAAACAAAACGAUGAUCCGCCGCCAAGUUUCUCGUUCCCAGAAGUAAGCAAACCAGGAGAAGAACCAGAGGACCGACCUUGAAUUGUAAGUUAUUGAAUAAUUUCCUUUGUAUUGGAAACGAAGGUGGAAAAGCCAUGUAAUGACACUUCCAUUAAAGUUCCGUCCUCUCUUUAACGCACUUCUCCAUUACACAGAGCAUAAAAACCUAAGAAAGGGACGAGCUUUACACGCUCGAAUAAUAGAAUACGGUUCAUCUUCCUGCAUUUACAUAUCCAACAGCCUCGUUAGUUUCUAUGCAAAAUGUGGACAAUUGGCUGAUGCCCUUCUUGUCUUCCAAAGAAUACAAGGAAAAGACGUAGUUUCAUGGAACUGUAUUAUCAAUGGAUUCUCACAACAGGGUGGAUCUCGAGCUUCUUCUUCAGUCAUGGAACUUUUCUGUUGGAUGAGGGCGGAAAACGUCUUCCCAAAUGGUCAUACUUUUGCUGGCGUUUUCACUGCUGCUUCCGGUUUGGGGUACCCUUUAGUUGGACAGCAAGCUCAUACUGUUGCUUUGAAAAUUGGGUAUUGCUCUGAUGUGUUUGUUGGAAGUUCUAUGUUAAACAUGUACUGUAAAAUGGGUCUUUUAUAUGAUGGACGUAAGGUGUUUGAUGAAAUGCCUGAGAGAAAUUCUGUAUCUUGGGCUGCUAUGAUUUCUGGAUAUUCUGCUCAACGUCUUGCUAGAGAAACAUUAGAGCUUUUUAAUUUAAUGAUGAUGAAGGAAGAACAGGGUGUUAAUGAAUUUGUUCUUACUAGUGUUCUUAGUGCUUUUACUCUCCCUGAUUUCGUCGUAAAUGGUAAGCAAAUUCAUUGCCUUGCUAUCAAGAAUGGUUUGAUCUCUAUAAUAUCGGUUGGAAACUCGAUAGUUACAAUGUAUGCGAAAUGCGGUAGCUUAGAUGAUUCCUUACAAACAUUUCAGCUUCUGAAUGUUAAGAAUUCUAUUACCUGGUCUGCUAUGAUAACAGGCUAUGCACAAUCUGGAAAUUUCGAGAAAGCUCUCGAACUUUUCGCGAAAAUGCAUCAAUUUGGGAACACUCCGAGCGAGUUCACGCUCGUCGGAGUUCUUAACGCUUGUAGCGAUAAGGGUUCAUCCAAAGAAGGAAAGCAAAUGCAUUCUUACGCGAUGAAAUUGGGAUUUGAGUCUCAGAUAUACAUCAUGACCGCUUUAGUGGACAUGUACGCUAAAUGUUCUUGCCUAGACGACGCUCGAAAAGGCUUUGAUUACUUACACGAACGCGACAUUGUUUUAUGGACGUCCAUGAUUGGCGGUUACGUUCAAAACGGAGAGAACGAAGAGGGUUUGACUUUAUAUUGUCGGAUGCAAACCGAAGGUAUAAUACCGAACGAACUAACAAUGACUAGCGUCUUGAAAGCUUGCUCGAGCUUAGCCGCGCUCGAGCAAGGAAAGCAAGUUCACGGGCGUAUUAUAAAAUACGGUUUCGACCUUCGUGUUCCGAUGGGGAGUGCUCUUUCGACAAUGUACGCUAAAUGCGGGAAUCUCGAAGAUGGGAAUCUCGUGUUCACGAGAAUGCCCUCUCGGGACGUGGUGUCGUGGAAUGCGAUGAUUUCCGGGUUAUCUCAAAACGGGUUUGGUAAAGAUGCAUUGAAAAUGUUUGAUGAAAUGCGUUUAGACAAGAAUGGAGUGAAACCGGAUCAUGUUACAUUUGUGAAUGUUCUUUCGGCUUGUAGUCAUAUGGGUCUGGUGGAGACGGGUUUGGAUUAUUUCCAUAUGAUGUUUGAUGAGUUUGGAAUAGAACCGGAGAUUGAACAUUAUGCUUGUAUGGUGGAUAUAUUGAGUCGGGCGGGUCGACUUGAGGAAGCUAAGGAGUUUAUUGAAACGGGCGGGUCGAGGAUUGAGAAUGGGAUGUGUUUGUGGCGGAUAUUGUUGAGUGCUUGUAGGAAUUAUCGGAAUUAUGAAAUGGGCACUUAUGCGGGUGAGAAAUUGAUGGAGAUGGGGUCGAGGGAAUCGUCGGCAUAUGUUUUGUUGUCGAGCGUUUAUUCGGAGUUGGGGAAAAAAGAAGAGGUUGAACGGGUUAGAAGGAUGAUGAAUGUUCGAAUGGUUAGUAAGGAACCGGGUUGUAGUUGGAUUGAGCUUAAGGGUCGUGUUCAUGUGUUUGUUGUUGGCGAUUUGAUGCAUCCCGAGAUUGAUGAAACGCGGUUAGUGUUGAUUAAUGUAUCGCAAAUGAUGAUGAAAAAGGAAGAUCAAGAUGACCAAUGUAUGAUUUUUGCAUGCUAGUUAAUUUUAAUGUACAUUAUUUUUGUGGAGAAUUUAUAUUCAACCAAAGAUAAUAACACAAUAUCAUUUUUUUU